AGCGGAACUAUUCUUUAGAGAGCUGGACGCAACGGAAUUCUUUAAGCCUCGGACUCCUCUGUCCCUCAGUUAUUUUCCUCCGGCUCCGGCAGUAUGAGCUGACAGACGCUAUGAAAUGGGAAUAAGGCCGUUCCAGCCCAAGAAGUGACCCAAACUUGGGGCUUUUUUAUCCCGAAAGAACAACACAAGCAGCGGCAGAAUGCAUUACCAGCUGCUACGCGGCGGCACCACGGCGGCUGUGGCCGCUAGAAGGGUGCGGAAUAUUCUGGGUUCGGUCCUGGGUCGGGACGGCUGGAUGUGGAGAUUCCAUGAGGUCAAACUUGUGAGCACAUCCUCAGGUGACACUGUGACGAUUGGAGAGAUCUCCUACAAACUCAAAACCCCUCAGAAUCCAGAACUGGUUCCCCUCAAAUACCUUUCAGACUCUGUGCCCCAAACGGUGGCUCAACAUCUCCGAUGGAUCAUGCAGAAGGACCUUUUGGGCCAAGACGUGUUUCUCAUCGGACCCCCAGGACCGCUAAGACGAUCCAUAGCCAUGCAGUACCUCGAGCUGACGAGGCGUGAAGUGGAGUAUGUGGCGCUGUCCAGGGACACCACGGAAACGGACCUGAAGCAGAGGAGAGAGAUCCGAUCAGGAACAGCCUUCUACAUCGACCAGUGUGCCGUAAGAGCAGCAACACAAGGCCGCGUUCUGGUCCUGGAGGGGCUGGAGAAAGCAGAGAGAAACGUCCUGCCUGUCCUCAACAACCUCCUGGAGAACAGAGAGAUGCAGCUGGAGGACGGACGCUUCCUGAUGUCGGCCGAGCGCUACGACAAGCUGCUGCAGGAGCACACCAAGGAGGAGCUGGACAGCUGGAAGAUUGUCCGCGUGAGCGAGGACUUCCGGGUCAUCGCUCUCGGUCUGCCGGUUCCCAAAUACAAGGGCAACCCUCUGGAUCCUCCUCUCCGCUCUCGCUUCCAGGCCAGAGACAUCUACUACCUUCCAUUCAAGGACCAGCUGGAGUUGUUGUACAGCGUGGGGCCAAAUGUUGCUGCUGAAAGGGUUUCCCAGCUUCUGUCACUCGCCACAACGCUCUGCUCCCAGGAAUCCUCCAGUCUGGGCCUCCCCGACUUCCCUGUGGAUAACCUGGUUGCUGCGCUUCACGUUCUGAACACGUUCCCCAUGCUGUCCUCCCAGCAGCUCGUCCAGAGACUUUAUCCCUACAAGAGCAUCCUGGGGAAGGACGGACACACUGCGGUGGAGAGUGUGUUGAGUCGGUUCGAGCUUCUGGACGGCCGUCGCCAGGCAGCGCCCAGCAACGUUUUGAGCGUCUCCUCCUCCAGUGACCGUGACGGCCACGCGGAUGUCACAGUGCAGGCUGCUGAUAAGAAAAUCACCUUCCAGGUUCCAGCAGGCGACAAAGAGCCGCGGCCGCCCAACAGCAGCGCCACCUUCAUCAACACACCCAGCCACUCACAGCUGCUGGCUGAAAUGAUGCAGUCGCAUAUGGUGAAAGAUUUGUGCCUGAUAGGCGCCAAGGGAUGCGGGAAGUCGGUGAUAGCAAGAGAGUUUGCCGAGAUGCUGGGAUACAGCAUAGAGCCGGUCAUGCUCUACCAGGAUAUGACAGCCAGAGACCUCCUGCAGCAGAGGUACACCCUCCCUAACGGAGACACAGCGUGGCGGCCGUCUCCACUGGUAACCGCCGCCAUGGAGGGCAAGCUGCUGAUUCUGGACGGCAUACACCGGGUCAACCUGGGAACUCUCGCCGUGCUCUCCAGGUUGCUCCAUGACAGGGAGCUGGACUUGUAUGACGGGACCAGGCUGCUGCGGUGGGACAGAUACCAGGCGCUGAAGGAGCAGCUGCAGUUUAGCGACCAGCAGCUGCAAGAAAGGUCCAUUUUUCCCAUCCACCCAUCGUUUCGGGUGCUGGCCCUGGCAGAGCCCCCCGUUGUGGGGGCCAGCAGCAGCAGCAGCAGGGGCCAGCAGCAGUGGCUCGGCCCAGAGCUGCUCACCAUGUUCCUCUACCACUCCGUCUCCCCUCUGGCUAAAGCAGAGGAGACAGGCCUCAUACAGGGACUGGUCCCCGGUGUUCCAGAGGAAGCAGCGGAGCAGCUGCUGCACCUCACACACAGCCUCCGUCAGACCAACGACCCCACUGCGCAGUCUCUAGCCUCGUCCCUGUCCACCAGACAGCUGCUGAGGAUCUGCCGCCGCCUCUCCCAGUACCCUGAUGAGAGCAUCUCUCACGCUGUCAACAAGGCCUGUCUCUCCAGGUUCCUGCCCAGCCUGGCCCGGGCCUCUCUGGAGAAGACCCUCAGCAACUGCUCCAUACAGGACGCUGCAGAUCCUGCUGGACAAACACGGGACCACAGCUGUGUGGUCCAGGAUGGCGUGUUGACCAUCGGCAAAGUGUCCGCUCCUGUCUACAACCCCGACCAUAAGACGAAGGUUCCAGACGUUCUCUUCUAUGACAACCCUCAGCACAUGAUGGUGAUGGAGGACAUGUUGAAAGACUUUCUGUUGGGGGAACACCUCCUGUUGGUGGGGAACCAGGGUGUCGGUAAGAACAAGAUUGUAGAUCGGUUCCUGCAUCUUCUCAACAGACCCAGAGAGUACCUCCAGCUCCACAGGGACACAACCGUCCAGACGCUAACCCUGCAGCCCUCUGUGCGGGACGGCAUCAUCACAUACGAGGACUCUCCCCUGGUGAAGGCAGUGAAGCACGGCCACGUCCUUGUGAUCGACGAGGCCGACAAAGCUCCCACUAACGUCACCUGCAUCCUGAAAACUCUGGUGGAGAGCGGAGAGAUGAUCCUGGCUGACGGCCGCCGGAUCAUCUCAGAUCCACGUGAAGCCAACGGGAGGGCCAACGUCAUAGUGAUGCACCCAGACUUCAGGAUGCUAGUCCUGGCUAACAGGCCCGGCUUCCCGUUCUUAGGCAACGACUUUUUCGGAGCGUUAGGGGACAUAUUCAGCUGCCACGCUGUGGACAACCCAAAGCCCCAGGCGGAGCUCGCCAUGCUGAAGCAGUAUGGCCCCGACGUUCCUGAAGCAACACUGCAGAAGCUGGUGGGGGCCUUCGGCGAGCUGAGGUCCAUGGCUGACCAGGGCACCAUCACCUACCCCUACUCCACCCGCGAGGUGGUCAACAUCGUCAAGCACCUGCAGAAAUUUCCCAACGAGGGUCUCGCCAAUGUGGUCAGGAACGUGUUCGACUUCGACUCGUACAACAAGGACGCGCGGGACGUUCUGAUCGAGGCUCUGCACAAACACGGCAUUCCCAUCGGAGCAAAGCCAACCUCUGUCAAUCUGGCGAAGGAGUUGCCGCUGCCGGAAGUCAGGAUGACGGGAUAUUGGACGUUAAACCAAGGAGGCAACGCUCGCCGCAAGCUGCUCUGUCCCACUGAGACACGCCCCAUAGACGUCAAGGGCCCAGCGUUCCUGCGAGUCCAGAGUUAUCCCAGCAGUCGGCAGGAAAGCAGGACUCUGAGUUUCAGCGAGGAGAAGGCCCACUGGCAGAUUCCCAUGAAUGAAGUGAACAUCAUCUGCGACGUGGUCAGCUCAGACGACACCCUGUACGUGGCCAUGUGUAACCCCGUGACGCUGUACUCCAUGAAGGAGCGUGGGGACAAGAUUCAGUGCAUGGAGCUCUACGACGUCUUCCCCAGAACCAUCAGCGGCGUCUGGCAGCCGUUCGUCACCGUGGCGCCGCUCGGGAGCCCCCUUGAUGGACAGGUGGUGCUGCACGAGGAACAGAGUAACACAGUGCUCCAUUUGGACCUGGUGACGGGGGCCGUGCGGAGGCUCAUGCUGUCUCCAGAAGGGGACCAGACUCCCUUCAGAGCCUCCAACUGGUGGAGCAGCAAAGAGCAACAGGGAGGCCAUAAGAUGUGUCGUGACUUUUCCAAGAAAAACUGGCUUCUCUUUUAUAAGGAGGAUGGAAACCAGCUGGAGGUGCUGGACGUGCUGGAGGGCCGGAUUCAUUCCAUCUCGCUCCCAAUCAACUUGAAGUCAGUGUUCCUGGUCGCAGAGGACCGGUGGCUUCUGCUGGAGAGCAACACCAACAAGAAGUUCCUGCUGACCAAGCCCAUGCACAUGACAGCUGAAGACUCUGGAGUGUGUCAGCUUCACAGCAUCGGUGAGGACCCGGCCAGCUCUGGUCAUGGAGCUGCUUCAGCCGAGGUUGUAGUACCCCAGAUGCUGUCUAAUGAGCAGCUGCCCAAUGAGAACCUCAGUGCCGCCUUGGAGCAGAAGAUUGUUUCCCCAAACCGGGUGCUGGCUGACACCAGCUGCUUUGCUCAGAUCAUCGUGGGCUUCCCAGACCUCAUGUCCCCUAAUGAGGUGUACAGCUUUAAGAGGCCAGUUGACCUGUCGGCCAUGAAAAGCAGUGAAAGCGGCUCUCAUGCGUUCUUCAGGGGUGCGCUGCGGAGCGGCUCAGUCAAACGGGAGAACUGUGUCAGUCUGCUCUCAGCCAAUCAGGUGGUCCGAGCCAUCCCACCCACCAAGGUGCCCCUGAGGGACAUCUACCCUAAAGACGUGACUCCUCCAAUGGCAGCAGCAUACCUGGAAGUGACCGACCUGACCUCCAAGAAGCUCAAAUACAUUCCAGUUCCAAGGUCGAUGAGCGUGUCGCCGUACACCAACUGGUUGUCGAAGGUCUCGGACUGCGACGUGCUGCUGGCCGCUCUGGGCUCUGGAGGCGUGGUCACUGUGGAUAUGGGGGGCUACGUCCGGCUGUGGGAAACAGGCCUGGACGCCCUGCAGCGCUCUCUAAUGGAGUGGAGGAACAUGAUCGGCUCAGAGGAUGGCAGACCUGUUCAGAUCACGAUUCAGAGGGACAGCGGUUUGGACGUUUCUGCACCAAAACACGGCAAGAUAGACGCCAGCAACGCCCCUCACGUUGGGGGAAACCAGUGGGCCGGAGGCACCGGUGGCAGAGACACUGCAGGGCUGGGAGGUAAAGGCGGGCCUUACCGCUUAGAUGCUGGACACAAAGUGUACCAGGUGUCCCAGGCCGAGAAGGACGCUGUUCCAGAGGAGGUCCGCAGAGCCGCCCGCGAGAUGGCCGAGAAGGCCUUCAAGGAACGGUUGAAGGAGAUCGAUAUGAGCGAACACGACGCUUCUACCUACCAGGGCUUCUCCAGCGCAGUGAGGAGGCAGGUUCAGUCCCUGCGCAUCAUCCUGGACAGCUUACAGGCUAAAGGCAAGGAGCGGCAGUGGCUGAAGAACCAGGCUAUGGGAGAACUGGAUGAUGCUAAGAUCAUCGACGGUCUAACCGGAGAGAAAACCAUCUAUAAGCGGAGGGGAGAGCUGGACCCAGAGCCGGGCAGUCCUCAGCAAAAGCCAAAGCGUCUGCGGGUUCUGGCCGACGUGUCGGGCAGCAUGUACCGCUUCAACGGGGUGGACGGCCGCCUGGAGCGCUCCAUGGAGGCCGUGUGCAUGGUGAUGGAGGCCCUGGAGAGCUACGAGCACAAGUUCAAGUACGACAUAGUGGGCCACUCGGGCGACGGCUACGACAUCGAACUGGUCCCAGCGGACAAAAUGCCGAAGAACGACAAGCAGAGACUGAAAGUCCUCAAGACCAUGCACGCCCACGCCCAGUUCUGCAUGAGCGGCGACUACACCCUGGAGGCCACCAAAGCCAGCAUCAAGGAGCUGGCGCAGGAGGAGGCGGACGAGCACUUCGUGGUGGUGCUCAGCGACGCCAACCUGGAACGCUAUGGCAUCCGGCCGGAGCGCUUCGCCCAGGUGUUGACCUCCGACCCGCAGGUCAACGCCUUCGCCAUCUUCAUCGGAUCCCUCGGCGAUCAGGCUGAAAGACUGCAGAAGACCCUUCCAGCGGGGAGAUCCUUUGUCGCCAUGGACACCAAGCAGAUCCCCCAGAUUCUGCAGCAGAUCUUCACGUCCACCAUGCUGUCCAGCGCCUGACUCCGCUAACGGACUCAACAGAGACUUUUCACAGUGUGUCCUUCAGCCGUCUCUCUUACAGACGUCCAAACUGUUGCGCUGCUGUCGCCGUGGUUUCCUUCAGAAUGAGUCUGACAUGACACCAACACACCGGUGAUGACAUCAUAAAUCCCCAUUCUCUUCCUCUGUGUGCGUGUGCGUGCGUGUGUGUGUGUGGUACAGCAUCAACAUGCAGCAGCGUUUUCCUUCCUGGCUGCUGGACCCCAUGACGCCUUCCAUGCUCUCAGUCCUGCAAGGAAUCUCAGAUCUGCUUUCAUUCUCCAAACACACACACUCUCACACACACACACACACACACUCUGGCCUCUGUGGGGUAACUAUCGCUCACAUGCUAACAGGAAAAGUCUCCACAGACAAGAGGCACGUGCUCACUCUGUCCCUGCUUAUCAUGUUUAACAUUCACGCAUCACUGUCUGGAGCAGAUGGGAUCAAUAAAGCAGCUGAUCGAUCGGUCCGUAUUGAUUCCUCUGUGACAGUGUGACGGGUUGAGGGGAAAGAGACACUCUGCCAACAUGUUGGGAUGUUUUACCAGUUCAGUAGUGUGUCUUAACUCUUAGAAUGAUAGCUCAUGGUAUUGCUGAUGUAGUCACUUCCUUAACUGUACAUGGUUGUUAAUUAAAGAUUAUCUAACAUGUAAAAGUAAUGUAAAAACAGUUUAAUAAAGCCAUGUUGCUGUUUA